UGAAGAUUUAAUAGAGGAAUGAGUUAACCCAUGGUGGCAUCAUAUGUGUUGAGUUGUCCAAAACUGGAAGGGCGAGUCAGUUCCCACUCUUCAGGCGUCCUUUACACCAUCCCAGAACCAGAGAGCAUUGAAUCCAACCCUGCUUAUGCAGCAGCCUCACUACGAUAUGGUGGCCAACACCUUUUAUGAGGAACUCUCACUUGACGCUUUUAACUCAUCAUCCAGUUUAUGCCCAAACCACAGUGCUCACCAAUACUAUCCACAAUUUCUCCACAACCCACGACACAAACAGCGACACGAGUAUCAACAUUCUUAUCAAUUGUUCCAACAACACCCAAAUCAAUUUCAUCCAUCACCACAACACCAACAACAACCCCAAUAUCUGGGAGCACUUAAUUGUCACCAGCCCCAAGAAGAAUCCACAACCACCGUGUCGUUUUGGAAAGCAUUCAACACGGUGCUCUCUGACGCAAAUGGAAAAAACCAAGAGGGAAACGAAAACUUUGGGGAACUUGAAGCUGUAUACAUAAACGCUCGUAAUAAAAAAAAGACUGAUUCAGCCCUUGCCGUUGAAAACACAUGUAAUGUGGCAAAUGAGUGUCAAUUGUUAGCGACGAAAACAACUGGGGUUGAUGGAGUACGGACGAAGAAAGGUAGGAAAAGGAGGAGAAAGAAGCAAGUGGAAGAAGAAAUGGGUUUGAUGGGUUCAUUUUUCAAGAGGUUGGCGAAGCGUGUGAUUAAGCACCAGGAGGUUCUUCAGAACAAAUUGCUGGAAGCUAUUGAGAGAAUGGAGAAAGAGAGAGCGGAAUGGGAAGAAGGUUGGAGGGUUCGAGAAAGGGAAAUUCACGACAGAGAAGCGAUUGUGAAAGCGCGUGAGCGAGAUCUUGCUUCUAAGAGAGACUCUUCCAUUGUUUCCAACUUAGAGAAGAUAACAGGUCAAAAAAGCUUCGUUCUUGUUUCUUCUGGGAAGAGUAGUCACGAGCAAUUAUCUACAAUACAUGAAUAUUGACAUCAACGAUAUGAAAGGUAGGCAUUUAUUUUAUUCUCUGAGCGAUUCAGUAACGUUGUUGAAUGGUGAAUCUUCAAUUUGAGGUACAAAGAUGGGAUUAGCUCAGAGUUAUGUUAGCCGAUCUUUAAGCAGUUCUUUGGGUUAGUUGCAGUUCUUCAGCAAUGGGCAUCAUUUUUGGUUCGCUGAUAAAAAAAUUAAUGGUGGAAUUUCACAUUGGGUUGUUCUGUUCUGUCUCUUCCACCAUAUUUUUCUUCUUAUCAUAUCAAUUGUUUUCUUUUUCUUCUAUCUCUUACACUCCAUUUGUUUUUUUUACA